AUAACCUGAAAAUCGUAGGUUAAAUUGAAACAAAAUAUAUUGUGUGAUCUUUAUUUAUUGGAGUAUUUUAAUUUAUUUACUUCACUUUUCAAAAAUAUUAAUAUUAUGGCAAGUACAGACAUAAGUAAUGAUCUGCCACGAGUAUUAAUAACAAGUACAAAAAUUGAAAAGGCCAAAGAAAUAGCAACUAAUAUGGGUGGUAAAUAUUUUACACAAGAAGCAGAUGUAGAUCACUAUGUGUUAAAUAUUGACAAUAAAUAUUACACAGCUCAAAUAGCGCUGUGUACAACUCAAAAUCUUUCUAUAGAUCCUGCAAAUUAUGAAGCAUUAAUAUUUCACUAUGACAUAGAAUCAGAAAGUACUUUGAAAAUGGUGGAUGAACUAUUAACACCAAUACUUUCUCAGACAGACGCAGAAAUACUAUUGCUUAUUUCCCAUUCAAUCUUAGAUUCUAUAGUCAAAGGCAAAGCAGUUGAAUGGUGUGCUCAAAAAAAGUGUGAACUUAUUGAAUUAGAUGCUAAAGAGAUUAUGGAGCUUGAAGAAGAUCAAAGCAAAUAUGGAAUAGAAAGGAUCAUAGAAGCUUUAGAAACACAUAUGUGGCCAAAUAUUAACAUGAAAGACUCUAGAAAAAAUUAUCAACAGCCACAGAGUGAUGUAAAUGAUGUUGGCGAACAGUUGGAAAAUGUUCAAUUAAGCAGUGCACAGGGAUUUGCUGACCGUCUGCAGAUGGAAAGUGUUUUAGAUGGUAUCAUGAAUAAUGAUGAAGCAGAUUUUGGUGAACUAUUCGGUAAGUUAAGAGCAAUGAAAGAACAUGCAGCAUCUAUGCCUUCAAAUCAAAGACGACUCGCAGCAGAACAUUUAGUUACUGCAUUUUGGAAAGCCAUAGGUGGAGAUCCUGCAGAAGUAGAUGAUAUAGAAUAGCUCUAGAUAACAUGUAACUGCAUCCUAUCAACAAAAGACAGAAGACAUUCUAUCACUAAUCUUUAAAAAUUUUAGAUUAUUUUAUCAUAUUUUUAAUCAAUCAGACCAUCUUAUUAGAAAUAAUUAUAAGCAAAAGGGUACUAUUAUAAACUUAAAUUUAAGCAAUGUUUUAAUCAAUGGUUUUGUAAGAGAAAAAAUUUACUAAAUAGCUAUAAAUGAAAUCCAUAUCUUUCGUAAUUUGUUUAUAUAAUUUUUACCAUGUGACUUGUAUAAAAAAGUAAUAUUAUAUUUUUGUGUUUGUGAUCUUAUCAAUUUUAAGUUAAAUCGAUUUUCUGUAAAGUUUAGAAAAACAACCGAAAUAUGUUAUAGAUAAAACAUCUGAAAAUCAUUGUAUAUGUUAAUGACC